CAAAGAACAGAAAAAAAAAAGAAGAAGAAAGCGACGCACACCGCCGCAGCCGGCACGGCCACCGCCUUCCAUGCGAAGUUCCGGUCGUUGACGGCGUAAGAAUUUAUACAUGCAGGAGAGUCCUCCAUCGUCCGAAUCAUGUAAACCACGACAACCGUCCGUUCAGUACGGACCCACGGGACACACCGAAUGGAUUGGAUUACUUGUCAUAUUGUGAUUUGCUAUUCUCUGUUUGCCCCAACAGCUGAUCGUGACCGCUACCGGGUCCCAUAGGACCAUCCCGGACCGUCGGAUCGGUGGACCCCGUUGAGAAGAUUCCCUCUUCUUUUCUCUCCCUCCCUCCCCCCCUCCCCGCUGCGUGACCUCCUCCUCUUCGCUUCUUGCCUUUUGCUCCGCCUGUUUGUUGUCGUCCUUUCCAGCGAAGAAAUACGCGGAAAAAUCUUGUUUCAAAUUCUCCCAGAAUUCGAUUGCCCCCAUAAAAUUUCCCUCUCGUCUUCUUCCCACGAUUUCUAGGGAUAGGGUUGGGGUUAGGGUUAGGGUUUCUGUCGAUCGCUUUCGCCUUCGGAGAAGGAUUGGAGGAUGAGCUUCGAGGAUCUGGAAGCGGGGCGGCCGCUGUCAGGGCGGAGGGAUCUGGUCAACGGGAGGCAGGACCCGACGCAGGCCGUGGCCGCCGGCGUCUUCCAGAUCAACACCGCCGUCUCCACCUUCCAGCGCCUUGUGAACACCCUCGGGACCCCCAAGGACACCCCGGAGCUCCGCGAGAAGCUGCACAAGACAAGGUUACAUAUUGGACAACUUGUGAAGGACACAUCAGCAAAACUUAAACAAGCUAGCGAGACAGAUCAUCGCACUGAAGUUAGCGCAAGCAAAAAGAUAGCCGAUGCAAAGCUUGCAAAAGAUUUCCAAGCAGUUCUGAAAGAGUUUCAGAAAGCUCAAAGGCUUGCAGCUGAGAGGGAAACUGCUUAUGCCCCUUUUGUUCCUCAAGCAGUUCUUUCUUCGAGCUAUACUGCUAGAGAGAUAGAUGUUAGUGCUGAUAAAACAUCUGAACAGCGUGCUCUGCUUGUGGAAUCUAGAAGACAAGAGGUAUUGCUACUGGACAAUGAAAUUGUCUUUAAUGAAGCCAUCAUUGAGGAGAGAGAGCAAGGCAUGCAGGAGAUUCAGCAGCAGAUCGGCGAGGUGAAUGAAAUUUUCAAAGACCUUGCUGUGUUGGUUCAUGACCAAGGAGCUAUGAUCGAUGAUAUCGACUCCAAUGUUGAGAACUCCCUAGCAGCAACUGCACAGGCAAAGACUCAACUUGGGAAAGCAUCCAAAACACAAAAGUCCAAUUCAUCUCUGACAUGCUUGCUUUUGGUGAUAUUUGGGGUUGUGCUACUCAUUGUGAUCAUAGUCCUUGCAGCAUAAUCAUUGGAAGGGGUAGUCGCAUCUGAUCAACGGUUCCAACAGAAAUUCUGAGAGAUUGUGUAUACUCUCAGGUGGUUUGGUAGUCUUGGCCUACUGGGGGUGAUAAUAUGCGGACAUCUCGUUGAUGUUAAAUAGUAUAUAUAUAAUGCAGUGAUUUUUGGUGAUGUAAAAUUGUUUCAGUUGGUUUGUCUUGCGGUUCCUUUCAUAUCAUUUUGCGAGUCCGAAGUGUGGAGGCCUGGACGUGUCUGGGCAAGGAACUAACAGCUGACUUUAAUGAUUGAUAUGUAUCAAUAAAAUUGGUAUUCUUUGAUUA